AACGUGUCGAUCAACGAUAAUAAAUCUCGCCUAACGUCACUGUCCAGACAAUUAAAAUUACCAAUUAUAACCAGUCGUCAUUCUCAAUCUUGAUGUACCUAUCUAUCUAUUUCCAUCCCAAAACCUUUGAAAUUUCGUGAUGCUCCAAGGCCGACAUCUUUGUUAAUUAAAUUGUUUGAACAAAAGUGUUUAAGCCAACAAUAGUCAUAAUUCCCUCGCUGCAACUAUUUUUAUCUAAAAUUGGUGCAUGUUUUCUAAAUUAUUUCCACAAUAACUACGACUUUUCCAACUUUAAAUCCGAGAGAUUAUACGCCACUAGGGAGCCGUAAUUAGAUGGACACGGUGCACGAGGAAAACAGCCCUGCGCCCCAAGCGCCUCAAAACAGCCUGGCUAUGGAAACUCUCGACGAGGAAAACGCCUCAACGUCGUCGUCAAGAAGGCCCUCUGCCAUCAUCGCAGCCCUCCGACGUCCCUCGCAGGCCAUAGCCCUGUCGGCGGCCCACGCCGUCAUGAACCAGCGACGGUACUUUCUGGGGCUUUUUCACAACCAGAGCGACCGCUCGAUUUCGGAAAAAGACCCCACUGAUCACAAGGAGGAGUUUCUAAAAAAGCAAAAUCGCAGGAUGGGAGACGAUGCUUUGACGGUAAUUCUCUCGGCGCUGUACGCAAAGCUGCUGGUCGUCCUGGGAAUGGCUUUUCCGAUUACUGAAAUCAUAUCGAAGGACGUUCGGCCGUUUUUCUACCAGGGAUUUUAUCUCUAUUUGUAUUUGGGAAGUAUAACGUUUGUGGCAUACAUGUAUGCGACUUUUGUGAGGGAGAAGGCGGUUAAUAACAUUAUCAAGUCAUAUCAUAAAAACGACAAACCAUCGUUCCCCUUUCCCCGCAUGUGCACAUCCGGGCACAACAAACCGGCCAAAUACGGAAGCUUCUAUUUACGCCUUGGUGCAAUCGCUUUUGGUAUCGGCAGCAUGGUCUAUUCCGGACUGGAAUUCGGCCGAUAUUUUGAACUAAAGAACAAUCAGGAGUGCUUUUCCACCAUGCUGCAGGCCAUCACGCCGGCAACCAGAAUGCUUCUGACGCUCGUUCAAGUGCAAUUCAUAUUCCUAAACACGAAGAACGUCGAUCUGAACAGACAUAAGAUUAUUGCCCGCUUCGGACUUAUGCACAUGGUGGCGGCGAAUCUAUGCGAAUGGUUGUAUGUCCUUGUCGAGGAGACCAAACACGAGAUUAUACACCUGGGGGAGCAUGGACAGAACUCCACCAAUUCGAGUUUACAAGCCAAGUUUUGUCAAGAGGGACAAAUCAUGGGGUCGCUUGUCAGAAAUGCGAGUCCUUUUUUGUUUCCGUGUACCAUAGAGUACAGUUUAAUUUGUGCGGUUAUACUUUUCGAAAUGUGGAAAAGGGUAAAAUCAUCGGAGGUAAAAGCGGAGGCCGAGAAAGCAGGACAUAGAGAUGAUAAGGUCGCAACGCAUUACACUUUCAAUCCUUUCGGCGGCAGCCCCGUCAACUCUAAUCACCAUUUCAGCGUGGACUGUUCUAACGCUCACCGCGGCUUAUUUGCUGGGAUUAUGAUCAUCGUUCUGACCAUAAUUUCUUUGAUAAUGUUCUUCGUGUUGGCUAACGAACCGAGCGGCAGUGAAGAGGAUAAUUUGAGCAUGGCCGAGUUCGAAGUGAACAUAGUCGAGUUAGUUCUUUACAUAUUAACCACGAUUGUGGUUAUCGUGGCGAUGGUGCAAAUGCGUUCCCUCAAAUACGACCGAAAAAUCGGAGCUGAAGGACAGGCGGGGAUUGGCCUGGACAACACCCUCCUCGUCGUUGCCCAAACCGGGAUGUUCAUCUACUGCAUGUUCUCUAUUAUCGGGUGCUACUUCACCAUGUCUGGUAGUCUGCCUACGGGAAUUCUUGCUGAAAUCUUCUCCUUCAUCCAGACUUGUCUCCAGACGAUGUUUGUCCUCGAUGGUUGGUGGCGGCGUUGCCGCACCCUCGAACACAUUAAAAACAAGCCUGGUAAAGAACUUAUCACGUUUCUUAUCAUUGCUAAUAUGGCCAUGUGGACUAUUAAUACGCUAGAAAAAAAUCGUGCCGAGUUUCGGCCCACGCAUUUGCUCUUCUUUGGAGAGUGGGCGUGGACAAUCAUCACGCACAUUUCGAUGCCGAUGGCCAUUUUCUACAGAUUUCAUUCUACGAUUUGUUUAUUUGAAAUAUGGAAAACAGCUUACAAAGUUAAGACGCAAUAUAAAUCACCCAUGUUUUCUGUCAUAUCCAAUCAAUAAUAGUGAAGAAAAUAAAGAUAUAAAAACA